AUCAAAGUACUCUUAAUGGAUAUCACAAGUUUUGUUAGAGAGAACGAUCUCUCGGCCCCAUUCUUUCUUGUAUCGACAAUCUUCUUUCUUUUACUCAUCGUCAAACUAGCCAAACCAUCAUCUUCGAAGAACCUCCCACCAGGUCCACCGAGGUUGCCCAUCAUCGGAAACCUUCAUCAAGUGGGUGAUCGACCUCAUGUCUCUACUGCCAAAUUUGCCAAAGAAUAUGGUCCUCUUAUAUCUCUCCGCUUAGGCAAACAGAUUCUUGUGGUUGCGUCUUCACCACAGGCAGCCAUAGAAAUUCUUAAGACUAAAGACCGUUUUCUUUCCUCUCGUGUUGUGCCUAGUGCAUUUCAACAACCAUCCGUAAUACCUCACUCCCUCAUUUGGUCAGACUGCAACCAAACCUGGAAAAGCUUAAGAACCCUUUCUCGAACUGAAUUGUUCUCAGCAAAAGCCUUGGAAUCCCACUCUAGAUUAAGAGAGCAAAAGUUAGGCCAUCUGUUGGAUUUCUUGCAUAGAAAGCAAGGACAAGUGAUUAACAUGGAGGAUGUAGUUUUUAUUACAUUGUUCAACACUUUGASUUCCAUUAUAUUUUCAAGAGAUUUYCUUGAUUUGGAAGAUGACAGCRCGACUCGUGAUGGAUUAAACGAGUCAAUACACAAAAUAAUCGAGUAUGGAGGGAUUAUAAAAGAUGUUGGUUCAUUUUUCCCUAUUUUUGAGAGAUUUGAUCUCCAAGGAAUAAGAAAGGGAACCAUGAGAGAGUAUAAGAAAACAUUUGCUUACUGGGAGGAUAUAAUAGAGGAAAGAAGAGCCCAUGUCAAUUCUUCAACUUGGUCAUCBGAGCAMGCACAGUCUUUCUUGGAUCGCAUGCUUGAAAAUGGAUAUUCAAACGAUCAGAUCAAUCAGUUGGUUACGGAAUUACUCGUAGCAGGAACAAACACAACAACCAGUUCAAUUGUUUGGGCUAUGACUGAGUUUGUCAGACAUAAAGAGGUCAUGUCUAAAAUAGCAGAAGAGAUAGAAAGGGAAAUCAACUCAGAAAAAAUCACCGACUCUCAACUUUCUCAAUUACCUUAUCUACAAGCUAGUAUCAAAGAAGCUAUGAGGUUACACCCACCUGUGCCACUUCUUCUUCCACAUAAGGCUGCUGAAACUUGUGAAGUUAUGAAUUACACGAUUCCCAAGAACUCCAAAAUAUUUGUCAAUCUUUGGGCAAUGGGCCGAGAUCCUAAGAUUUGGGAUGACCCUUUAUCUUUCAAUCCUGAAAGAUUUAUCGGCUCAAAAUUGGAUCUUAAAGGCCAAGACUUUGAGUUGUUGCCAUUUGGUUCAGGGAGAAGGAUGUGUCCUGGAAUGCCAUCAGGUAUCAAGAGUGUUCAACUUGUAUUGGCAUCUUUGAUUCGGGAGUUUGAUUUGAUUCUUCCAAAUGAUGCUGAUCCUAUGAAGCUUGAUAUGAGUGAGAAAUUUGGGAUUGCUAUGAAAAUGGAAAAUCCUUUGAAGGUAAUCUUCAAAACAAAACAAGAAUAUCAGUAACUUUUCACAUUAUGUUUCCUCUUUUAUGUAUUUUUUAAUCUAAAAGUUAAACAAGGAAUUAAUUCUUAUUUCAUAUGUAAUUUCUUUUAUUUUAUGUA